UCAAACCUACCAUUAGAACCUGUCUGGUUUUCUACUCAACAUAAACCAUACUUACUUGGUAUAUGCUAAAUAUGUAAUUUUUGUGACACAAUCCAUUUCGUCAGCUGUUAUGAAAUUCAACAUUAGAUACAUUUGUGAGAGCACUUUUCUAACCAGGACACUGUUAUUACUUAAGUAUCAACGCUGUGCUGUCAAUAAAGACAUUUAUUUACCAUGGUAAAACACUGUAAAUAAUAAACAAUGGUGCUUUUACAUUGGUCAAUGCUUUGCAAAAUGUUCUUUACUUCUUUACUCGGAAAUGUACUAUCAAAAUGAAUUGGCUUGAUAAUAGAUUCAUUUACACAGAGUUAAAGUGCUACACACACACCAAAUAUAAAAUAUGCGUGUGAGUGUGUGUAUAUAUGUCUAUGUACACACACAUAUAUUUUAUAUUUGAUUUUUUUUUUUAUAUAAAUGUAUGUAUAAGUUAUUAAUAUUUUUGUUAUUAAAUAAUAAUACAUAUGUCUAACCAAACAAAUGAUCUUUAUACUCUUCACAUGUAAGUGGGUUUUUUUUUUUUUUCAUUACAACAAUGACCUCUAGUGGUGGACAUUUGAUAUGACUGCUGAGGUCAAGGGGUAAAUCUAAUCACAUUAUGCCACUAAAGAUUAUCAGACUAUCUACCAGACUUCUGAUCUCAAAAACAAAGUUUGUAUUGAAAGAUGAAAAGAAAAUGCUAUAGAUUUUGGCUAAAUUCUUCCCUCAAAGAGCUCAUUUCUGAAAAUGAAUAUGCAUUGAAUAAGGUAUUACACUUACCCCCGGUUUCACAGACAAGGCUUAAGCCUAUUCCCAGACUAAAAUGCAUGUUUGAGCUGUUUUAAUCGAAAGCAACUUGUACUGACAUAAAUUAAAAUACAUCAUUGUCAUUAUUUUGUCUCAAUACGCUCACCAGUAAUGUUUUUCUUUAUUUUUUUUCCCCCCAAGGCUACUUAAAGCUACUUAAAUGUCCUAAUUGAACUAAGGCCUAAUCCUGGCUGCCUUGUCUGUGAAACCAGGCCUUAGGGUAGUGACUCUGUUUUAAAGCAUGAAGACUACAUUUCCCAGAAUGCUAUAUGAUUAUCCACAGGAAGUAACAGUAACUUCAAAAAAAAUCUUUGUAGAAUUGCACAAUGUCAUAUUGUCUAAACCCCUGAUAGCUCCAGAGAGAAGGGAAGAGAGACAUCACUCCAUGAUGAAGUUGCUUUGCGGUAUUACCUUGUUAUUAGCAGUUGCUGUUGCCUAUUACAUCUACAUCCCAUUGCCUAGGGCAAUUUCAGAGCCAUGGAAACUGAUGGUGUUGGAUGCCACAUUCCGAGGAGUUGUAAGUAUGGGAGAUGUUGCUCACUCACUGGGUUUGAGCCAUAGAGUCCACGUUAUCAACUCCGCCAUAAUCAAUUUUGAGAGUUUGGUGCCCGUCACAAACCAAGAGAUCCAGGCUGAAGAUGUCCUGUUUGAUGGGGUCCAUGUGCGUGUAUACCACCCUCCUGGACGGGAAGAAAAGCUGAGGAGAGCAGUUAUGUUUAUCCACGGAGGUGGAUGGGCCUUGUGUGCUCCAAAGUUGGGGUCAUAUGACAGUCUCUGCAGACAAAUGGCAGCUGAUCUGGACGCUGUGGUUGUGACGGUGGAUUAUCGCAUGGCUCCUGAUGUGCGCUUCCCUGUGCAGUAUGACGAGUGUGUGCAGGCUGCUAAGCACUUCCUGAGGCCAGAAGUGCUGGCGCAGUACUCGGUCGAUCCAGAGCGAGUGGCAGUGUGUGGGGACAGUGCUGGAGGGAACCUGGCCGCUGCAGUGGCUCAGCGGAUUGGAAUAGACAACAGUACUUCUGUGAAAUUCAAACUUCAGGUCUUGAUUUACCCAGUGCUCCAGGCGCUAGACUUCAAUACAGCUUCCUAUCAGCAGAACCAGAAUGUUCCCAUCCUGUAUCGCACGCUAAUGGCCCGCUUCUGGUUGGAGUACUUAGACGGCGACCUUGACCUCAUGCACUCCAUUAUAAAGAACAAACACACCGCCCAAGACCAAAACCAAAACCUGCUGUCCUUGAGUCGUUCAAAACUAAACUGGACCAAUCUCCUCCCCAAACGACUGAUAAAAGAUUAUAAGCCUAUUUUUCCGCUGACUGGCUCUCCUAAAAUCUUAAAGGAUUUACCAGCAUUACUGGAUGCCAGAGCCGCUCCGUUACUGGCGGAGGACGAGGUUUUGCGUAUGACGCCACGUGCUUACAUUCUGACCGGUGAGCAUGAUGUUUUGAGGGAUGAUGGGAUGAUGUAUGCCCGCAGGCUGGAGCUGGCAGGGGUCUCUGUCACUAAUGACCAUUACGAAGAUGGUUUCCAUGGCUGUGUGACCUUUGCUUUCUGGCCCUGCUACUUCUCUGUGGGAAUAAGGGCAGUGCAGAAUUAUAUUGCUUGGCUUGACGAACAUUUAUAGUUAUUUGACUUAAAUGAUCAUUCGUACAUAUACAAGAAGACACAUACCUAUAGAGGAUUUAUACUGUAAAUCAAGGAACUGUAUUGUCUUUCAAAUAAUGACUAACACACUAAUGUGUUCUUAAAAAUUAUGUACUAAGAACCGAAUGACAAAUGAAUUUCUCUUGAAUAUAUAUACUAACAUCAUUAAUAUAAACGAGUAUGUGCACACAUUUCAUUGUCAACAGUUAAAAUAUUUGUCAGAUUAUUAUCAAUUCAAAUUCUGCUUACAUUUUUUGUCUUUAUCACCACCUACUGCAUUCACAAAUCAGAAUUCAUAUAUUACCAUGCAUUUCAUAAAGAUUUCUGCUAGACUUGCACUCCAAAGACCUGCAAUUAAUUUAAUAUUUCUACUGUGAAGCACUGUGAAUAAAGUAGGAACAUGUAUUAAAAAUACUCUGCCUA